CUUACCUCCAGCACUUACCCCCAUCGCCAUCCCCGAAGCCGCUCCCACAGCCCUCGCCGUUCCCGCCGCCACUCACACCGCCACCAGCCCCUCCGUCCUUCCCGCCGCCCCACCCGCCACUUUCGUCGUUUCCCAUCGCCGCUGUUUCCCACCACACUGCGGCGCGCAUCCCCUCUUCCGCGCGCGUCACCUCCGCGCUGUUACCGCUCACCGCAACGGAUUCCGCUGGGAGUGCGCGUCAUACUUGCGGCUCGUCUGCUCAUGUCGCGACAAGCUUUCCUUCUCCGCGUCGCCUCGAGGGCCGCCACCCGAUCCGUAUCGAAUCCGAUCCGAUUCGAUGCAACAUGCGGCCCGUCCGUGUCUGGAACUCGGGGGGUAAUCGGUGCCGUUGAUCGCCUUGGCGACUCUUGUACCGAGCGAAUCAGCAGAUGCCACGUGGAGGGUGGCGUCAGCACCGCAACGAUAUCCCGCGUGUCCCCGCAUACCCUCCCCGUCCCCGUGUCCCAUCUCCUUUUCCCGCACUGCCUCUCCCCUCCAUCCCGCGCGCUGACGUCGUCCGCCGCACCAGGCGCGCGGGGGGAAGCGCCAGGGCAGGAGGAUGUGCCUGGGGUGGCGCAAGCGGAGGAGUUCGAUGUGGCGGAGGGGGAGGGGGAGGGGCAUUUGACAGGCUCGACCCCGCGGGUUGCGCCUUUACCCGACGACCUCACAGCCGCGCAGGUGGCGGCGCUUAGCGCGGAAGGCGGGAAGAAGGCGGAGACGGCGGCGGUGGAAGGGGCAGAGGGGGGCAUUCCGCUGCCGUGCUUCGUGGGCGAGGGGCUGGAGGAGCGGCGGAAGGGGAAGAAGGGGAGCUCCGCGGGAGUGGAGUUGUUGAGCCUGGCAGAAGCAAUCAAGAGAGUCAAGGAGGGCGCGAGGGCCAAGUUCGACGAGACGGUGGAGGUGCACGUGCGGCUGGGGAUCGACCCCAAGCGCAGCGACCAGAUGGUGCGCGGGUCAGCGCAGCUUCCCAGAGGCACGGGCAAGUCGGUGCGUGUGGCGGUGUUUGCGGAGGGGGACGAGGCGGAGGCGGCAGCAGCAGCGGGGGCGGAUGUGGUGGGGGCGGCUGACCUCAUAGCGCAGGUCAAAGCCAGUGGCGGCAAGUUGGAUUUCGACAAGUGCAUAGCCACUCCGGCGCUCAUGCCCAAGCUGGGGCAGAUCGCCCGCAUCCUUGGACCUCGUGGCCUCAUGCCCAACCCCAAGAUGGGCACGGUGACAGUGCAUGUGGCGGAGGCAGUGAGGGCGGCCAAAAGGGGCAAGGCGGACUUCAAGACGGAUAAGACGGCCAACGUGCACGUGGGGAUAGGCAAGGUGAGCUUCCCAGACGAGGCUUUGGCGGAGAACGCAGCGGCGUUUGCAGCGGCACUGCUGGCAGCCAAGCCCGUGGGGCUCAAGAAGAGCUCGCGGUUCUUUGGCUACUUCAGCAGCUUCACUCUCUCCUCCACUAUGGGCAAAGGUGUGCGAGUCACCGUUCCUUCAAUAGCAGCAGCUGCUGAUGGCUUUAUCAAGUCUGGCGGGGUGUAGACUAAUUAGAAUAUUUGGCGCCAUGGAGAGUGCGUCGUAGCUAAAAUCUUAUUUGCAUAGUUGACUAGACAUUUGUAGUGCUCAAGGCAUGUAAGCUUUUGAGCGUCUGCAACGUGACAUUCAUUCAGCAGCUCUUUACUGUUCGGUGCUACUGGCAGUAAUGAGGACGCCAC